CAACAAAUUUGAUACGUAGAAUUAUGAACGUAGAGAACCAAUUGAAGACGCCGCUAACGCAGAUUCGUAAUUUGGUCAAACACGUGAACAAGCGAAAUUUUAAUGAGAGCAGCGAGCAAAUAAAGCAGUUUAUCCAAGAUUACGGCCUCGAAGCGGAUCGUAGCUGUCUGCGAUAUCUGUUCACGGUACUUAACUUGAACGAUCCGGCACCGAACGUCACCGCUCAGCUGCAGGCGAAGCUUCUCGGCGCGCACCUGCAGCGGCAACUGCAGUGCUCCUCGUUUGUGACCAACAUAUGCCUCGCCUUCGAUCAGCAUUUUGCCAAGCAUAAGAGUCUGAAGCCAUUAGCACUUGCCGACCUCGUUGGACAGGUGGCCAAGCUAACUGGCAUUAACAAACUUUGCGAGUGCAUCUUUGCGCUAGCGGUGACCCACAGCUCCCAUCCGGAGCUACGCCAGAGCGCACGUGAGAAUCUGCGCGGCUCGCUGCCCGAUCUGCUCGAUUCAUAUCUGGGCCAAAAUUCAGCUGCCGCAACUGCAGCUGCGAGUGGUCUGCACGAGAUCUCCUUUGAUCUGUUGCAGUAUUUGUUGUGCUGCCUGAGCGAGUACGUGAGCCCGCAGCUGGAGUCACAGUUUUUGAAUAAGCUGCGCGAGGAGUUUCCGCGUGAGGCGGUGCCAUUGGUUCUAGCCCCGCUUUUGUAUCGUAGCCCAACGACGGCGACGACAACGACGGCGACGGCAGCCAAAUCGACCGAAUCAACUGAUGCAGAGGAGGAAACGACGAACACCAGCAGCUGGAGCAGCUCAAAUGCAGAUAAUCUGAAUGAAGUUGGCAUUGAGGAUAUCUAUGACCAUUUAUGCGAGAUAAUAUUUACAAAUCAGGGCAAAAAUAAUAUUAUGGACACAUCUUGGAUUAAUUUAAUCCUUGAAAUCGGUUAUGAAUUUACAUCGAGCGUUGAAGAUUGCAAAAAUCAUUUGUGUUGCGGCGCUGGCGGCUCCCGAGAACUGCAGCCCAAGGAUGUUGCCAAAAUUGUUGGACUCAUGUGCCGCCGGCACUCGUCGCUGCUCGAUUGCAAUGUAAAUCUACCGACACCGGCGAAUUUCUGGCCCGGACAGGGACAACAGGCUGCUGGCAGCAGUAGCUCCAACACUUCACAAACCGCACAACAGAAUUCUAGCAGCAACAACAACAACGAUGGCAGCAGCGAAACCAGCAGCGCCGCCAGCGAGAAGAAGGACAAAAAGGAUACAACAGACGCAACACAAACAUGGAAGCCGGAUGUGUUUGUACAGGCGCUCAAGGAGCUGGUGCCGCAGCUCAACUGGAAGGAGGUCUGCAUGGAGCUCGAUCAUCCUGAGUUUGUGCUGAAGGAUCGCAUCGGCUUGGAUCUGCUGCUGACCAUACUAAGAUUGGCCACGCAAUCGAAUCUGUUUCCGCAACCGGAAUGCAUUUACCGCCAUUGGGCUAACACCGAGGGUCAAUUGUCGCUGAUAACGACCAUGCUAAAGAAUCCGGAUCUGUUCUCCUUUGCCGACUACGUGUUCAGUCAGCCGGCGUUGGAUGUGCUGAAAACGCCGCCCGAUGCUGAGAAUAAGGAGAUAGCUGCAUGGAAAUCGUUGCAUCUGGUUGAGGUGCUGCUCUCCAUUGCGGACAAGGGCUACUUUAGUCAGGUGCACGAGCUAUUCAAAUUUCCGGCACAAAAUUGUCCCGACGUACUGUUUCUGGCCCUGUUGCACAUAAAUCCGCCGUUGACACCAUUGCGCCAGGAUCUGUUCAAUCAGCUAAUACCCACAUUUCUGGGCAAUCAUCCCAAUUCGAAUGUGAUAUUGGCCAGCGCCUGGAGCUCCACCAAUUUUCAACUGCGGCCGAGCAUCAUGAACGCCAUGUCCGAGUGGUAUUUGCGCGGCAACGAGUUCGAUCAGGGCAAAUUGUCGCGCAUUCUCGAUGUUGCACAGGAUCUGAAGGCGCUCUCCUCGCUGCUCAAUGCUCGCUCGCAUCUGUUUAUCAUCGAUUUGGCCUGCCUGGCAUCGCGCCGCGAGUACUUGAAGCUGGAGAAAUGGCUGAGCGACAAGAUACGCGACCAUGGCGAGAUCUUUAUACAGGCCAUGAUCAAGGUGCUGCAACGCCGCUGUCCGCAGGUGACCAACUCGAAGCUGCCCGAGGAUCAGCUGCCGCCCAAGCAGGCGCAACUGCUGCCCGAAACCGUUACCACAAUGAUCAACUGCCUUCAAGCUUGCAUCAAUACUUGCAUACAGCCGGAGACGGCCGAAAUGAUUAUGCAAAUGGCCAGCAAUGUGGCCAUAAUGGCUAGCAAGGCGCGCGCCGCACAGCAGCAGCAGCAGCAGCAACAACAGCAGCAGCAGCAACAACAGCAACAGGCUGGCGGCCCGCAGGGCUUGGUGCCGCCGCCGCCAAGUAUUUUGCGAGGACAUCGCGGCAUGGAUUUGCCAGGAGGCGGCAUUGUGCCCGGCUCGGUGCCGCCACCGCCGCAGCCACAGCAACCCUUCUCGGGCAAUCUGAAUGCACAGCAAAUGUUUGGACCCGGUGGCGGUAUGGAUCCGCUGACUAACAUGUCCAACAAUCUGGCGGGCCUUAAUCUGGGCGGUCCCAAUGGAGCUUUUAACUUUGGCAACAUGCUGACAUCUCCGUCGCGCCUCAUGAAUCCCGGCGCCAACCCCUAUCCGCCCAUUCCAAUACAAAUCCCAGCGCCGCCGCCGCCAAAUGUGGGCAAUCUGGGCCGUAUGCUGCCAGCUGGACCGCAACCAACGCCAACGCCACCGAAUCCCAAUAAUCCGGUCAUGGCCGAUCUACAGAUGCCCGUUUCCAAGGAGGUCGAGGAUGAGGCGAACUCAUACUUUCAGCGCAUCUACAAUCAUCAGCCGAAUCCGACACUGUCCAUUGACGAGGUACUCGACAUACUGCAACGCUUCAAGGAGUCCAGCCACCGGCGCGAACAGGAGGUCUUCCUAUGCAUGCUGCGCAACCUGUUCGAGGAGUAUCGCUUCUUCUCCCACUAUCCGGAAAAGGAGCUGCAAAUAACCGCUCAGCUCUUUGGCGGCAUCAUUGAUCGCAAUCUGGUGCCCACAUUCGUGGCACUCGGACUCUCGCUGCGCUGCGUUCUCGACGCACUGCGCAAACCGGAGGGCUCCAAGCUCUACUACUUUGGCGUGACGGCACUCGAUCGCUUCAAGACACGCCUGCACACCUACAACAAAUACUGCGAGCACAUACGCUCCAUACCGCAUUUCAGUGACUUUCCGCAGCAUCUCAUCCAGUACGUGGAGUUCGGCAUGCAUGGUCAGGAGCCGCCGCCACAAAAACUGAUCGGCCUAAGCAACACCAUACCAUCCUCGGCCAUUGCCCAGGGCGCCACGGAGCCGCUGUACCGCGCCAACUCAAUGCCCGGCAAUAUGGCAGCUGCUCCGAAUGUACAGAAGCAGCCCGUUGUGGUGUCGCAUGCCACGCGCAUGAAAUCUAUUGCAAAUGCGACCAACAUUGAUACACUGCUCGUGGCCAAGCAGGAGGAGAAGGUGACGGUGCCCCCGGAGCCGGUGCAGGACAAGACGGCGUUCAUAUUCAACAAUCUCAGCCAGUUGAAUAUACCGCAAAAAUGCGAGGAGAUCAAAGAGAUCAUGACCAAAGAGUAUUGGCCCUGGCUAGCGCAAUAUCUUGUGCUGAAGCGCGCCUCGAUGGAGUUUAACUUUCAUACGCUCUACUACAACUUUCUGGAUGCGCUCAAGAACGUCGAGAUCAAUCGGUAUGUGACCAAGGAGACGCUGCGCAACAUUAAGGUCCUGCUGCGCUCCGAUAAGGGUGUAAUCAAUUUCUCGGAUCGCAGUCUGCUCAAGAAUCUCGGCCAUUGGCUGGGCAUGAUGACGCUGGGUCGCAAUCGGCCCAUUUUACAGCUAGAUCUGGACCUGAAGUCACUGUUGGCCGAGGCCUAUCACAAGGGCCAGCAGGAGCUGUUGUUUGUGGUGCCAUUUGUGGCCAAAAUAUUGGAAUCAUCCGCUAAAUCGCGCAUUUUCAAAUCUCCCAAUCCCUGGACCAUGGGCAUUAUGUAUGUGCUCGGCGAGCUGCAUCAGGAGCCCGAUCUCAAGCUAAACCUUAAGUUCGAAAUCGAGGUGCUCUGCAAGACGCUCAAUCUGGAACUGGAGAAGCUCAAACCUGUCAUCUACCUGAAGGAUCCAACACGGGCGCUGCUCAUCGAACAACAAAUGUCGCAGCCAAAGCCCAAGGUGGUCGAGCCGCCGCCCCAGCAGCAGCAGCAACAUCAACAGCAGCAGCAACAGCAACAGGCGCAGCAGCAGCAACAACAACAACAGCAGCAACAACAACCAGCACAGCCGCAGCCGCCGUCAGCUGAAGUCGAUCCGCAGGCGAUGCUGAUGAACAACAACAACUCGAAUGCACCCGGUUCCGUUUCAUCGCCCAACUUGCCCACAGAUCCCAGCCAGGUUGUGCUGCCGCCGCCGGAGCCGCGUUACUCCUAUGUCGAGGUGAAUGUGAACAAUUUCCAGUUGAUUGCCCAGCAGCUGGUAUUGCCACCGAAUAUACCCUUCCUGCACUCCAAUCCGGGCAUCAAGCACAUUGUGGUGAAUGCCAUUGAGCGCACAAUUACCGACUGGCUGCAGCCGGUUGUAGAUCGUAGCAUACGCAUUGCGUGCGCCACCACCGAACAGAUUAUACGCAAGGAUUUCGCAUUGGAUGCUGACGAGAAUCGCAUGCGCACCGCCGCCCAUCAGAUGGUGCGCAAUCUGGCCGCCGGCAUGGCCAUGAUAACCGGCAAGGAUGAGAUCGCCCGGGCCAUUAGCCAGAAUCUGCACAAGGCCUUCAUGGCCGCGCUGACGGGCGUGCAGAGCAUGGCCGAUAUGCAGGCCGCCUCAAUGCAGCUGGCCAAUGAGAAUGUGGAGCUCGUCUGUGCGUUCAUACAGAAGACGUCCGCUGAGAAGUCGGCGCUCGAGAUCGAUCGACGUUUGUCGACGGACUUUGAGACGAGGAAAAUCGCACGCGAAGAGGGCAGCCGAUUUGUCGAUGCACAAAUCUUGAGCUAUCAGCAGGAGCGUCUGCCGGAGCCAGUGCGUCUCAAGGUGGGCCCAGCGCCGCCAACACUGUACGCCGUCUAUUCGGAGUUUGCGCGCAGCAUUCCCGGCUUCCAGCAGAUGAGCGACCGGGACAUUGCACUGUUUGUGCCCAAGCCGCAGGAUAUACAGCCGCCGAAUGUGUUUGCCAACGAUGAGAGCAGCAUGGUCUAUGCCGAGGUGGCCAGCAAAAUGGAAGCGUUCAUGAACACAGCCAUCAAUGUGCCCACCCUCCAGCUGCAGGCCAGCAAGAUGCACAUGCUGCUGAACGCUCUGAUGGCGACGCGUCGCCUGCGCGAUCAGGAGUCGGCGUUCAAUCUGCUGACCCGUGCCGUCGAGGGCCUGACGGAGGGUCUGAUCAACGUGCAGGAUCACAUGGAACAAAUGAAACUCUACCGGGACAUACACUUGCGCAUACUUAGCCUGCUGCACAACAGCUUCGGUGCACCCAACACCGAACGGGCGGUUACCAAAUGCUUCUUCGAUAUACGCGAGGAGGUGCGCUAUAAUGUGGAGGCCGCACGCGCGCUCAUCACAUCGCAUUUCGUCAAUCUCAAUCAGUUCGAUGGCAUGCUGCGCGACUGCAUGGACAAUGGCAACAAUUAUGUGGCCGUAUCGUUUGGCAUUGCGCUUCUCGAGCGCCUCAUCAUGGAGGAUCGUGCCAUCAACAUUGUCUCCGACAAUGAGUUUAUGGCCACCGUCGAGCUGCUCGGCCGGCUCACCCAGCAGCGUCAUCGCUAUCCCGAGUGCAUUGUCAAUGCCAUCGAGACGCUCUGGUCUGGCAAUCUGAAUACCAGCGAUUACGGCUCCUUCAAUCCGGGUGAACGUUAUCUGGCCGGUGCAUCUCAUUACAUACACUCCGGCAUGCAUCAUGUUAGGUCAUGCGACACGGAUGAUCCGCCUGGCCUGCAGGAGAAGACCGAGUUCCUGCUCAAGGAUUGGGUCGCGCUCUACACACAGCAGAAUCAGCUAACGACACGCGAUGCCCGCAAUUUUGGCGCCUUUGUCCAGAAGAUGAACACAUACGGCAUACUGAAGACGGACGAUUUGAUAACGCGCUUUUUCCGUCAGGCCACGCAAAUCUGCACAGAUGUCGUCUAUCGCAUGUUCGCCGACCCGAGCCUGCCCAUUAACCAGGCCAAAAACAAGAUAUUCCAAUGGAUCGAUGCGUUUGUCCAUCUGAUUGCCAUGCUGGUGCGUCAUUCGGGCGAGGCGGGCAAUCCGACGACCAAGAUCAAUCUGCUCAACAAAGUUCUGGGCAUUGUGCUGGGCACACUGCUCAAGGAUCAUGAGUUGCGCGGCGUUGGAUUCCAGCAGGUCGGCUACCAUCGCUUCUUUAUGAUGCUCUUCAUGGAGCUGUGCUCCGCCGACAGUACAUUGGAGUCGUUGAUGCACAGCAUCGUGUCGGCCUUUGCCUACACAUAUCAUCUGCUCAAUCCGAGCGUUGCGCCCGGUUUCUGUUUUGCCUGGCUGGAGCUAAUCUCUCAUCGCGUCUUCCUUGGCCGCAUUCUGGUCCAGAUACCCGGCCAGAAAGGCUGGCCCCUAUACGCCCAGCUGCUGCAGGAUCUCUUUAAAUAUCUCGCUCCAUUCUUGCGCAACACCGAACUGGGCAAGCCCGUCGGCCUCCUAUACAAGGGCACACUGCGCGUCCUGCUCGUGCUCCUGCACGAUUUCCCCGAGUUUCUGUGCGAUUAUCAUUUCGGCUUCUGCGACACAAUACCGCCGAAUUGUGUUCAGAUGCGCAACAUUAUAUUGUCGGCGUUUCCGCGUAAUAUGCGGCUGCCCGAUCCGUUUACGCCCAAUCUGAAGGUGGACAUGCUAUCGGACAGCAGCAAUGCGCCCAAGGUGUGCAGCAGCUAUAUCAUGAACAUACAGCCGCCCAACUUUAAGAAGGAUCUCGACUCGUAUUUGAAGGCGCGCGCGCCCGUCACAUUCCUGUCGGAGCUGCGCGGCCAUCUGCAGGUGACCACAGAGCCGGGCACACGCUACAACAUGACGCUCAUGAAUGCUCUGGUCAUGUAUGUGGGCACCCAGGCCAUUGCAUUGAUCAGAAACAAGAACUUUGUGCCCAACACGUCGAACAUUGCGCACAGCGCCCACAUGGACAUCUUCCAAAACUUGGCUGUGGAUCUCGAUACCGAGGGACGUUAUCUAUUCCUCAAUGCCAUUGCCAAUCAGCUGCGCUAUCCGAACAGUCACACGCACUAUUUCAGCUGUGCGGUGCUGCAUCUGUUCGCCGAGGCCAAUUCGGAGGCCAUACAGGAGCAGAUUACACGCGUCCUGCUCGAGCGCUUGAUUGUUAAUCGUCCGCAUCCGUGGGGCCUGCUGAUCACAUUCAUUGAGCUGAUCAAGAAUCCCAUUUACAAGUUCUGGGAACAUGAUUUCGUGCACUGUGCACCCGAGAUAACCAAGCUAUUCGAAUCGGUCGCCCGCUCCUGCCUGGCCAAGUCGAAUGUUACCCAGCAGCUGAACAUGGCCGUCGAUGGAGCCGAUAGCCAGGAGGUGGUCAACAUUAACUGAGUAAACGCAACGAUCCGACGCUUCAGCCUGGACAUCAUUUUUGUGCCCCAAUGAAACGUAGACAGCAGCAGCAGUAAGAGCAAGGAACCAGCAGCAGUAGGAGGAAGAGAUGGGAGCAGCAGCAGCAGCAGCAGUAAGAGGAAGGAGCAGCAGCAGCAGCAGCCGUAGCCGUAGCCACCGCGGCCACCAUAAAAUCAAUUAUAUAUAUAUAUAUACUAACGAGAUGUGUUUAGUUUUUAGUAAAUCGUUUUAAGCAAAAUAUGAAACAAUGAAAUUACAAAAACGCAGAGCAACAAAAACUAAAAAAGAAAA